UAAUUGUAGGAAUCGUAGACUUUUUCUCCUCUCCAGCCGCCCGCGAGAAUGUUGUAAAAUAGAAGAACAAUGCAUGUAUAGUAAAUCGGAUGACUGUAAUAUGCACAGAGGCAGCUAACAGCUGACCAUCCGUACACGCUGUACGUAUAACAGUUUUGGAGGGAUACCAAUAAAAUGAGGUUGCCAUGCCACUAUCGAUUCGCGAGGCACACAGGGCGGAGGCAGGCUCUGCGGCUAUACCGACACCGUCGCCGGGAUGUCGUACGGCUCUGAACGUCGUCUUUCUCAGUCUCGGAUAGACUCCUCAGCGAGCGUCCAACGACUGUGAGCUUCGUUUCCGAAACGAAAAGAAAAAAUGGAGGUUACCCCGACGACGAGGGAGGAUGAGAGAACUUGAUCGGAAUGCGAAAGGGAAUCUGGCGAGCGCCGCGUUGUUGCUGCUGGUGGUCGUGGUGGUGGUGGUGGUGCUCGGUCCGCGUCAAGGGUUCGGAUCGAAACCCGCGAGUGCGACGUGUGAAUGGGUUCCAACUUCCGCUGCACCCCCAACAAGUGGUCGGGUGGAUAGCGCUUGUGGGCAUCGCGGUUGGCACGUUCACGGUGGUCCUGCCGCUUCUCGGUCCGGGCGUACAACCGGUCGGCUCGGGCCUCCUCGGAGCGACGUUCUCACUCCACGUAGCCGCGCACCUCGUGGCGCUGCUCAUCGACCCGGCGGCACCGCAGCUCCGGUCGCAGUCGUCGCGCAAGACCGUGCCGGACUUGGACCGCGCGCGGCAUCUCCACGUGAUUGAAGACGGCCGAUGCCACCUGUGCAACAUAAACACCGGUCGAAGGACGAAGCACUGCUCGGUCUGCAAUAAGUGCGUCGACCAUUUCGAUCACCACUGCAAGUGGCUGAACAACUGUGUCGGGGGCCGAAACUAUCCCGCAUUCAUCGUCUGCCUCGUAUCGGCGGUCGUCGCAGCCCUAGCCGUGGCCGCGAUAUCCCUCGCCGAGUUAGCCCUGGUCCACGCUGACCUGGCCGGCUGGGGCCCGAAAAUGGACAACUCGACGCAGCCGCCGCUGGCCCAGCAGCCCCCCGGAACAGGGUCUCUCGUUGUAAUUUCCCUCGUCGGAAUAUUCUCGGCGAUAGCCGCCGCCCUCCUGAUUCACCUCUGUUUCUUCCACGGCUACAUCGCUUGCCUCGGUCUCACGACCUACGAGUAUGUGCGCGAAAAGCGCGAGCGGAUGGCGGCUCAAGCUGCUUCUCCUGCACCGCCGGCAAAAGCCCGGGCCCGGAAGUGUCCCGCGUUCUGUACCAAUCGAGUCGCGACUGCUGAGGAACCAGAGCGGCCCCGCUACCAAUUCCGGAACGCUCCGUCAGCACCGGUCGCGGUGGACCCCGAUAUGAGCGAGCAGCGCAGCGUCUACAUCUGCUCCACCCAUCAGCGGUCCCAGCUAUGCGGUGCCGAGGAGACUGGGGGGCCCCGAUGCAAAGAGCGGCCGAACUUUCACCUCUACUUUUCGUACGAAACCCGCGACACCGAGACUUCGAUCGAGGUCUCGUCGCAGACGAUUUUGAGCGAGGCCGAACGACCCCGGGAACUCGUUGAGCUCAAGCCGUCCACCCCUUCCCCGGUAUCCUGUUGCUUUUCGAUAAAAAACGCGGGCUCGGAGAAGCGGACGAAGCGGAAACCCCACUCGCCGUUAUCCUUACCCUCGCCCUCGGGCAAGGAACGCGGCCCCAGGUCCUGCCUCACCAUACGCAGGAUACGGUACUUCCUCCGUACCAGACUCAGGCGGAACUCGCGACAACGCUACGUUGCCAGCGAGGCGCCCGUCCCUCGCUCCAGAAAGAACAGGGUAAACCCCUCCGCGAGCGACGUUGGGGUUGGUGAAAACAAGAAGGAAACUCCCAAGUUACAAUCCCCGUCGAGCGCGUCGACGAUUUUAUCCGGGGAUGACAAACCGAGGCCCCCGCUAAAGCUGCCCCCGUUGGUCCUCGUACCCAGGCACAAGAUGGGGCAAAUUCCCGUGGCCUUUGAGUCCAUCGCCAGUGCAGUCCCCGCGCCGGUACCGCAGCCUAGACGGAGUCAGCCACCUCUCAGAAUAAGGAGAACGUCCUUCUCCAAGAGGCCCAGAUUCAAAAUGGGCCCGCAUGUUACGGAGAUCGCCCAGUUGUCCCCGAUUCCUGAAUCAGAGCUCUCGAAACCCGCCUCUCCCAGAACACCGCCCAAAAUUAACCACUUCCCGUUCCCACCCUCGAGCUCGUCUUCGGUGAAUCGCGAUUACACGGAUAACACUGUUACACCUGCUCGUGCUGAUGCGGACGAUGUUGCUCAGGCUAAUUCCCUCUGAUUUGUUGAUUUUGUAUGUUAUAAAGAGUACAAUUGUGGAGAGUUCAGGUAUUGUUAAACGCAAUGCAGUUGAUUAUUACAAGCUCUACGCAACGAACUUUGUAUCCGUCCAUUAUGUCGUUGUUUUCUACGUAUACUUAAAAUUAUACAUAUUAUAUACGCGAUACGCAAUAUUUGUAUUAUGCUAAAUGUACAUACAUACAGGAUUAUACGUACUGUAGACAUUAUGAUAAUGAAUAAAUACGAUAAUUACAUGAAUCUUACGGCCCCCUGAGUAGAGGACCCGGUACCCCCGAUACGCUGCAAAGCACAGUUGAUUCUGCUCUCCGGCCUGGAUCCGUUUUAAUUGGAUCGGAUAACUGGCGAAAUC